AUGGCCGCGUCAGUUGUAAUAUCUAUUCCGGAUGGAGAGGGGGUUCUUUCUCUUAAGAAGGAAAACAAGUUUAAAUUUUCCCAUCUUCCCAUUAUUUCAUUUCUGAGAGAAAAGAAGAAAAUCCAGUUUUCUCUUCCUCCCAUUGUUUCCUUUCUUAGAGAAAAGAAAAGUAAGCAUGAUUUGAGAAAGCUAAUUCACAGUUUCAAGGUUGGAACCGCCCUCGUUUUGGUUUCUCUUCUGUACCUCCUGGAUCCUCUUUUUGGCCACGUUGGAGAAAAUGCCAUGUGGGCUAUUAUGACUGUUGUUGUCAUCUUUGAGUUCUUCGCAGGUGCUACACUAAGCAAGGGAUUGAACCGAGGGAUUGGAACCAUUUUAGGAGGGGGGCUGGGGUGUUUAGCAGCAGCUUUAGCUGAACAAGUUGGUGGAAUCGGCAACGCCAUUGUUGUUGGUACUUCUGUUUUCAUUUUUGCUGCAGCUGCCACGUAUGCACGACUGAUUCCGAGGAUUAAGAAAAGAUAUGACUACGGGGCUCUGAUAUUCAUCCUGACGUUCAAUCUGGUAGUGGUGUCUGGUAUACGUGCAGAGAAGGUGAUAGUAUUAGCCCGUGAACGUCUCUCGACAAUCGCAAUGGGUUUCGUCAUCUGCAUUUUCAUAAGCUUACUUGUUUUCCCGAUAUGGGCUAGCGAUGAACUUCAUGACUCCAUGGCCUCUAAAUUCGAAGACCUCGCACGUGCUCUUGAAGGAUGCCUGGAGGAAUACUUUGGUUUCAUUAACGAAAAGGAAAACCAGCAGCCCAGUACUGCAAAUUUUACUAGUUGUAAAUCCAUCUUAAACUCCAAGGCAAAGGAUGAGUCACUGGCAAAUUUUGCAAAAUGGGAACCAUGGCAUGGAAAAUUUGGGCUUUCCUACCCUUGGGGGAAAUAUCUACAGAUUGGAGAGCAUCUUAGAGAGAUAGCAGCAACCAUCCUUUCACUGAAAGGUUCUCUUCAAUCCCCUAGACAGCCCCCAACAACUAUGAGGGAGACAUUCAAAGAACCAUGCGAAGCAGUUGGAUCGUUGCUUGCACCGACUCUAAGGGAGCUUGGAGAGAGUGUGCUGAAAAUGAGAAGAUGCCAUGCAGAGGAUUCUAUAUUGCCAAAGCUGAAGUCAAUGAGAGUGGAGCUAAACUCGGUUAUGUCACCUUCGAAGCUGGGACCAAUAGAGAAUGGUGGAUUUGCAGUCGCAACCUUUGUGUUCAUGUUGAUGGAGAUGGUGGAAAAGGUGGAGGAACUGGCAAAGGAGGUGGAAGAACUUGGAAAGCUUGCUGAUUUCCGUACUCAAUUAGCUUUAAUUUGUCCCUCUAAUCAAUGAGCAGUGUGCUGUACAUAACCAUUUGCCACUUUUUGGCCUGGGAAAUUAUACAUGUAUGUUUCUGAUAAAGAAAAAGAAA